AUGUCAACAGAAGUGGCCCCUACCGCUCCUGCAGCGGAGUCGACCGUCCUUCCACAAGGAAUGCGCAAGAAUGGCAAGCAAUGGCAUCCCGUGAAGAAAGCUUUCCGACCAAAGGCUGGAAAUACCUCAUAUGAAAAGAGAAAGGCAAAUGAUGAGGCUAUAGCAGCCACCAAGGCUAAAGAAAAGGAGAUGAAGGAGGAGAAAGAAGCUGCAAGACAGGCCCAUAUUACAAAGAUCAAGGAAAAGCGCGCCAAUAAGGAGGAAAGAGAACGAUACGAGAAAAUGGCCGAAAAGAUGCACCAGAAGCGUGUUGACAGAUUAAAGAGACGAGAGAAGAGAAACAAGAUGUUGAAGUCAUGA